AUGCAGCAUUCAAUUCCUACGGGCAAUGCUGCACCAGUCCGUGAGCGCUAUAGACAAAUUCCACCAAAGUUAUAUCAGGAGGUGAAGAGUUUGAUUCAAGGUAUGUUGGAUGCUAACAUCAUUGUGCCUAGUUGCAGUCCAUGGGCUUCUCCGAUUGUCUUAGUCCGUAAGAAGGAUGGGACACUUAGAUUUUGUGUGGAUUAUCGUAAACUUAAUGCUGUGACCCAUAAAGAUGCUUACCCUCUUCCAAGAAUAGAAGAGUCACUUGCCAGUUUGGGUAACGCAAAGUAUUUUUCCACACUUGAUCUUGCCAGUGGAUAUUGGCAGGUUGAGGUGUCCCCACCAGACAGAGAAAAAACAGCCUUCACUACACCUAUGGGUUUGUUUGAAUUCACCAGAAUGCCCUUUGGCUUGUCAAACGCACCAGCCACCUUCCAAAGGUUGAUGCAUGUAUGUGUGAGGGAAGAAAACUUACAGUCUGUACUUGUCUACUUAGAUGAUGUAAUAAUCUAUUCUCCAGAUUUUGACACCCACUUGAUUCAUUUGGAUGCAGUCCUUGGUAAACUGUCCAAGCAUGGCCUCAAAUUAAAACCCAAGAAGUGCUGUCUUCUAAAACCAGAGGUUCAGUAUUUGGGCCAUCGUGUUUCAGCAAAAGGGAUUGCUCCAGACCCUGACAAGAUUAAAUGUAUUCAAGAAUGGCCUAUUCCAACUACUGUGAAACAAUUACAGUCAUUUCUGGGUCUGGCAGGCUAUUAUCGGAGAUUCGUGAAAGAUUUUGCAAGAAUUGCCCAACCAUUAAAUCAGAUAUUAGUUGGAGCAUCACAAAAUUCUAAGAGGAAGGAUGUUCCCUUGUCCUCUAAAUGGAACCCUACAUAUGCCAGCAACCAGGGCUUGGGAGCCGUACUUGCACAAGUUCAGGAUGGAAAAGAGAGAGUAAUUGCUUUUGCUAGUAGGAGUUUGAGCCCUUCUGAGAAGAAUGAUAAGAACUAUAGCUCCUUUAAACUUGAAUUUCUGGCCUUGACCCGGGCCGUAACCAAGAAAUUUGCUGAAUAUCUGCCAGGGCCUAAUAUAUGCCACAGCCUAAAGGCAGCAGAGUUGCAGAGGCUGGAGUGA